AUGCAAGCUGGUGAUCAAGCCAAGCAGGAGUUCUAUCUAAUAGACACCGCCUCAAGUACGUAAAUCAUCUCCAACCACGAUCCCAUGCCAUUUCAAUUCAGAUGGCAACUUACUAACUCCAACCACGACAGCACCCUACAAGCCAUCAAGUCCCACGCCGCUCCAGAACCUCCUCCACUUGUACAACUUGGAAGAGACAGCGCGACAACUAGCGCGGACCAACCCCGACGGCUCCAAAAACGUCAAGUUGCGCAAGUCAUACAAGGCCCACAUCCAAGACUUACCGGGAAAGCAUCAGAUUCCGCCGCUGAAACAGAUCGCGGUGGGGUUAAUGGACCCCAUGAUUGCGCAGUACCCCGAUAUCAUCGAGGAGAUAGAUGCCCAGGUGCUUGCCAAGGCGUUGCAUUUCGAUAAGACGCCCUUGCAUGGCAUACCGGGGUUUGAUCCGGCGGAUUUGGCCAUCACUGCUGAUUCCGGUGCUGGCGAUGAUGAUGAUGAGAGGAAAGGCAAGCGGAAGAAGAAGUUGGGCGGUGCUGGUGUUGGCAGCGGUGGCGAUUUGAAGAGGCAGCGUGUUUGA